AUGAAGAAGUAUUUUACCCCAAUAUCGAAAUCAAGUUUAGCCUCUCAUAGUCAUAGUCAAUCUAACCAACAAGAAAAUGUCAAUCAUUCUGAAGUACCAUCACAUUCUUCUCAAGAAUUUGAUUUGAGUACUUUAAAGUUUGAUCCCGGUGAAAGAACUCCAAUAUUGAAUUAUCAUCCAAAUCAUCGUGAUGUUAUUAGAAGGGCAUACCUUGUGAAUGGUCCUUGUCAACCUCGCUUGGAGGUGCAUGAGUACCCUCAAACAAAUAUUUCUGGAGCAAUACGUCGUUUUAAUCAUGAAUGGUUUGAUGAUGUAUAUCAUGAUUGGUUGGAGUACAGUGUUAGUAAAGAUGCAGCCUAUUGUUUGUAUUGCUAUCUAUUUAAAGAUCAUAAUAUUAAUCAAGGUAGAGGUGAAGUAUUUUCUUGUACAGGAUUUAAGAAUUGGAAUAAAAAGAGUGGUCUUGACAAGCAUAUUGGUCUGCAGAAUAGCCCACAUAAUCGAUCAAAAAAGAAAUGUCAGGAUUUACUACGGCAACAACAGUCGAUUCAAUCUGCAUUUGAGAGACAAUCUAAUCAAAUUAAACAUGGAUAUUAUAUUUGCUCAAGUGUUUCGGUUGAUGUAGUAAGACUUCUCAUAACUCAAGGACUCGCAUUUCGUGGUCAUGAUGAAUCUAAAUCAUCACUUAGUAGGGGUAAUUUUCUUCAGAUUCUCUCAUGGUAUGCAAAAAGAUGUGAUAAAAUUCGUGAUUAUGUACUUGAACAUGCCCCUCAAAAUGAUCAAAUGACUUCUCCAAUAAUUCAAAAAGAUAUUGUGACUGUAUGCAAGAUAGAAACAGUUAAAGCUGUUCUCGAGGAACUAAAUGGUGACUACUUUGCCUUACUAGUUGAUGAAUCUUUUACUAUUUCACGCAAGGAGCAAAUGGCUAUUGUAUUACGAUAUGUUGAUAGAAUGGGAUUUAUGAUAUAG